AUUCACUAUAUCUGGUCUCCCACAGUGAACACUACAUAGAAAUGCAAUUAUUUUAGUAAAUAUAAACUGCAGUUGGUGCAGUCUUGUGACUUCUAUCAGUGUUCAGCAGAGCACUGGUUAAAGCUUGUAGGAGGCAUUUUCUUUCUGCUCUAGGAGGAUGCAGAACCGCUGACCUCUGUCUGGACAGUGCUGAUUGGCCCUGUGCUGAUCACAUGUACUCUCUCCCACAAAUAAAAUUUUUUUUUAUAGCAAUACACACUAAACUCAGCAUGUGCAGAGUGUCUCCACAUGAUAUUUCUUACCAGGAGAUAAGAGGGGAAAACUGCAAGAAGGGGAGGAUCAGAGAAGUCAGGAACAAACAGCAUUGUUACACAGUGCAAAGAAUUAACACUUUAGGUUCCACAGUAAGUAUAACAAGCAUGCUUUACUGCAUAUACAGACUGAUUUUACUGUUGUGGGUUUAG